AUGAUGAAAAGAAAGGAUCCACCAGCUCAGGCCCCUUCAUUCAAGCCAUCUCAGCUCACUAUGACCUUGUUCCCCACCAAGUUUGAAAAUGGGAAGAUUGAGUACAAGAUAAGGUACAAGGGGAGAUCAAGGCCAUUCUCUAGAGCCAAAGCCUUGGUGACUUCAGAACAAUCCAGCGACUCAACCAAGCUAAAGGAGCUUCUGUCUCAAGUUCUAACUAUCACCCUUGACGGUGACAAAGAAGCCAGCUCGACCGACAGCUCGAUCGAGCUAAAACAAGGGCAACUCGAUCGAGUUCCACAACUCGACCAAGGUAAGUUUUCAAAAUUCAAAUUUUUCCAACCGUUUCCUUGGAAACCAAAUUCAAGAAGCAACCAGUUUAAGAUGUUGAGAGGUGAAGGAAGCAAGGCAGCGUUCACAAAGAGGGAGAUAACGAGAGGAGCAAGGAGAAUGCUUAAGACACUAACCAAGGAAGAUGAGGAGGAGAUCGAGAGGUUGUGGGAAGAGAGAAGGACCAAGAGAAGCUAG